UGAGGAAGAGCGCUGCAAACUCGAACAGGGUGCUCUGGGGACCGCUUGCACACGACCGCCCUCUUUCGGUGGAUCUGAAGAAUUGCACAUGAACGGGAGACACAUUCAAGCUUGUGUGAGCUGUUAAUUGCCCAUUUUCAUCUUCAUAAACAUUGAGGUCGAUGGGAAACACAGAAAGCGCUGUAGUGCAGAAACGGCUGGUCCGGUUUCGUCCUGAUGAGCGACCCGUCAUUGAGGGGGUUUUUGACAGCCUUCAGAGCACCAGCAGCUCGUCUGUUCCUCCCGAAAAAGCGAAGGUUUUACACAUAGACGCGCUCAAGAUAACUAUGGGUAAAAUGGCUUCAGACUCGAUGAUUAUGCGAGUCUUUGAGGGAAUCUGCAGUAUUGACCCAGGAGUGCUAUUGCCACCUGGUGGUGGGGUAAGUCGAGAGCAGCUGGUGAUCUUCCUGGCAGAUGCUCUUCGGGGCACAGCAGAGGAGAGAGCACCGCUCGUCAUGGCGAUGGCACACGGGACCAAAACAACAGUUACGGCUGAUCAGAUAAGAGAAUUUUUAGAGGACUUGGUUUCAGCUGUAGUUCAGACUCUCACACACAGAGGACGCCUGCGAGGCUGGAGACCAGAUCGCAUGGGCCACGGUGCUCAGGGGGUGACACUUUUGGCUGAGCAGUUGUGCUCUGAGUUAAAAACCUCAGAUCAGAACAUGUGUGAUGUUGCUUGUCUCGAGGACUGGCUAUUUCGAGUCUCAGGUGUGUCCACAUUCCUGGAGCUCCUGAUUGGUGAAGGUCUUAAUGUUGGAUUGACCUCACGCCCACCCCCUACUCUGCUGCCCCAGUGCCGAGCAGCUCCAUGGACCGAGCUGCGCUGUGUACUGGAUAUACCACUACUCAUGUUCCUGACCUCACAGCUGCCUGCAGGACACACUGCCCCCUGGAGGCUCUUGUUUUCCACCGAUCUACACGGUGAAAGCUUUACCCGCCUUGUUGGAAAUUGUAAAAACCGGGGCUCCACUGUGUUACUGGUGAAAGACACCAAGGGCCACAUAUUUGGGGGCUUUGCUUCUCACAACUGGGAGAUCAAACCUCAGUUUCAGGGUGAUUCCAGGUGCUUCCUGUUUUCUGUGUCACCGUCUAUGCGAGUGUACACAUGCACCGGCUAUAACCAACACUACAUGUACCUGAACCAGGGCCAGCAAACCAUGCCCAAUGGUCUGGGUAUGGGUGGACAGCACGGAUACUUCGGUUUGUGGUUGGACAGCGAUUUUGGCCAUGGUCACAGUAGGGCUCGUCCACGGUGUACCACGUAUGGUAGUCCUCAACUCUCAGGGGAUGAAGACUUCACAGUGGACACAGUAGAGGUGUGGGGAGUUGGCGUUCCCCCUGAGGAACAGGAACAGGAUGAGAACAAGAAGAGUGUUCUCGACACGGAUCUUGAGGUGCAGGCUAUAAUGGAGAUGACCGGGAAAACCCUGCACAGCCAAGGUCUCAGAGAGCCACAAGAAGAUGAUGAAUGAGGAAGAGAGAAUGAACAAAGACGAGACAAUGGAUGGAUUUUGCAACAAAAAACAAAACACUGGUGCUGCUUUUAGAUGGGGGUGGGGGGGGGUGGUGGUGGUGGUAUGUAUGCUGCGUCCCAAUUCGAAUACUUAUACUAUGCACUAAAGGUUUGUACUCCUUUUUGUGAAGGAAAAGUACAUAGUUUUGAGUAUGCAAUUACUGGGACAUACUAACACGUCAUGUUAUGGAAGUGAACAUUAUUGCCUAGUUACACACACUGUCACUGUAAACAAUCGCCUCGUUGCAUUUCAGCUUUUCUUCAUUCAUUCAUUAUUGCUUAUAUAAUUUCUACUAUAGAAUUUAAUUUACCAUUCCCUUGACUUAUUUUCUAUUUAUAUUUAGUGCUUAACAUUUAAGUUUUUACACUAAAAUACUAAAGAUUCAUCACUGACGUUCGAAGUUGAAGGACGAGCAUCACUCGUCCGCCAUGUUUGCAGGUUGAAUUUGGCAAAGCAAACAGUUACAAAAAUCCUAGUCCAUCGUGCAAAGAGUUGUGAACAAUAUUAUCUGAUCCACGGAUCCACACUUUGGAAAAUGUACCAUAAAGAGUAGACGCCCAGGUACCCUUGGGAUACUCAUUUCAACACACCACAAUUUAGGACACACCAAUUCUAAUCUCGGAUACUAUGUAGGACAGAUAAUAGGCGAAUUGGGACACAGCCGUAGUCUUUAUACUCUUCCUAUAAUUUAUGUGACAUGGACGGUGCUGUGUGUUACAAAUUAUGAAAGAAACUGGACAGGAAAUGAGUCAAGAUGUACAAUAUGUAGAAAGAUAUAUAAAUAUUGUUGAUGUUGUCUUGUUUAUUCAUAAAUUAAUAGAGCUGGUUUCCAUCUACAUGAGGAAAAUGCAGAGAACAUUACAGUAUGAAGCCCUGAUCCAUUAUUGAUUAAUGAUUAAUGUAGUAAUAAAUACGUUUGGUUACACUA